AUGCAGGGCAUCUUUGACAUAUUGAUGCCUUGGUGCCUUGCCUGGCCGCUGGGAUAUCAAUCCUCAGGCAGCACAGAUGCGGCGCGCAUAGUGCCCAAACUGAGGGACGUGGGUACUCACCUACCGCACCAAACGAAUGCGGAUAUCCCAUCUCUCACAGGUGCAAAGUACGUACAUGCCUCGUCUGGUUUGAGGCACGCCACAGCAGACCUAGGUAUACUAGAACCUAGAAGAAGCUCGGGGCAUCGGCGUUGCAUCUUGGUCCGCAUCGCAACAAAUCCAACAUCACUUGCAAUAGCCGUGGCUGUUAUUGACAGCAAACCACCCUUCCCCUCUUUUCUUUGCGUCUUGGGCUUCAUCUCACAGCAUUUAUCCUGGAUAGCUCGCCUGUAUCGACCACCAAUCUCGCAGCUCGGCUGUGCGGGGCCCGGAGCCGGCCCCGACGACACAUCCUCCAUUUGUUUCUGCGGCCGGACGGGGGACACUGGGCACCCAUUCAUCUCGCAACCCACCCACCCAACCUUCAACUUUCGAUCACCUCUCGCAUCUCAUCUCAUCCUACAUCAGAACCGGCCAGACGUACGGACACUGCUCGCACCCCAUCUGGUCAAGCUAGUGCUGGAGCCGGAGUCGGACCCGGAGCUCAGACAACAUGAGUUCCAACCUUGUACCAGCAACUGGACUCUUCAUUCUUCAACGGGAUACCCGUACCAUUCUGCCAUGUUCCCAGGAUGUGUCCUCCUCGAUGGAUCUGUCCCAACUCACAACCUACCCCUACGUCAAAGGGGGCAAAUUGAGAAGGCAAUGGGGCCAGCGACUGGGAGCCUGGGUUCCCGCUCAAUAGCCAAGGAAGAGCCUGAGACAAGACCUACCAACCUUCCCACACCUACCUUGCCUGACCACCUCACCGACGGCCUUCAGAGACUCGGCCGGCCGGACUUUGAUCAAGGGCUCAUGAUAUGCAGAGACUGGACCACCAUUGGCCAUCGGCCAAGCCAAACAAGGCCGCCAAUCGCCUCGGUUCCCGACCUACCGGAAGCGUGCCUAGGAUGCCGAACCGGCACUCUGUCCUGCAAAUUCAAUUCUGACGACGGCACCGACUACUCCAUUGGGUACCACAGUACCUACUCCAAUUCAAACCCCAUGGCCGGUCCUACGUUGAUCGAGAAUCUGCAGGCAAAUGAGCAGUAUCCUCAAUUGCGACUUCAGUAUGAGUGUACUACCCCAAUUUGGCCAACUCAGUCUCACUCCGGGCAGGCCUCACUCACGCCCGCCGCCAAGUAA